UUUGCCCCGUAACGAACGUGCCGGAGCGCUCGAGGCGCGGUUCAAGAAAUCCAGUGCGAAAUUGCUGCAAAAGCAGGGAUGAUUAUACAGAGAGUAGUGCUGAAUUCACGCCCUGGUAAGAAUGGAGUGCCAGUGGCUGAAAACUUCCGACUGGAACAAAGUACAAUAGCGGAUACGAUCCAAGCAGGACAAGUGCGUGUUAGAACCCUUUAUCUCUCUGUGGACCCUUACAUGCGCUGCCGAAUGAAUGAGGAUACUGGCUCAGAUUACCUCCUGCCCUGGCAGCUGUCUGAAGUUGCUGAUGGUGGGGGCAUUGGGGUUGUGGAGGAGAGUAAGCAUGAUAACCUUGCUAAAGGAGACUUUGUAACUUCCUUCAAUUGGCCCUGGCAGACAGUGGCAAUUCUAGAUGGAAGCUUGCUACAAAAGCUUGUUCCACAACUUGUAAAUGGACGCCUUUCCUACUUUCUUGGUGCAGCUGGCAUCACAGGACUGACAGCCCUGUUAGGUAUAAAGGAGAAAGGACAUGUGACUGUGGGUGCAAAUCAGACAAUGGUGGUGAGCGGAGCAGCUGGUGCCUGCGGCUCUUUGGCUGGCCAGAUUGGCCGUCUAGAGGGCUGCUCUAGAGUGGUGGGCAUUGCUGGCACAGAUGAAAAGUGUUCCAUUUUGGUCCAAGAAAUGGGGUUUGAUGCUGCUAUCAAUUACAAGAAGGGGGAUGUGGCAGAGCAGCUACGUGAACUCUGCCCAGGCGGUGUGGAUGUUUACUUUGACAAUGUUGGUGGAGACAUCAGUGAUACAGUUAUAAGUCAGAUGAAUCGGAACAGCCAUAUCAUCCUGUGUGGACAGAUUUCUCAGUAUAACAAAGAUGUGCCUUAUCCUCCUCCGCUGUCUCCUGACAUAGAAAAAAUACAGAAAGAAAGGAAUAUCACAAGGGAAAGAUUCUUAGUGUUGAACUAUAUGGACAAACAAGAAGCUAGUAUAUUACAACUCUGUCAGUGGAUCCAAGAGGGUAAACUGAAGGUCAGAGAGACUGUGGCAGAAGGCUUAGCAAACAUUGGUGCUGCUUUCCAGUCCAUGAUGAAUGGAGGCAAUAUUGGAAAACAGAUCGUCUCAGUUUCUAAGUAAAAGUCAUUGCUUCAGGAAAAAUAAUUGGAUUCUAUCUCUAACAGUGAGCAAGUUUUUACUUAUACUAACUGCCAUUUUCUUAAAUAAACCAUUAAGUUGUUCUGUAUGUACUGAAGGCAGAGAUUCUGGGAUGCUAAUAAACUAAAUAGAACUGGAAACAGGAAUGCAAUCAUUUAUACUAGAAACGAGUAAUACGUUCUCUGACAUGAUUUUGACAGUUGCCAGCUAGCACACUUGCAAAUAUUUCAUGGGUAUGGUUUGAAAGUU